AUGACGGCGCCGAGCUCGCUGCGCCCCUCCUUCAGCGACCACGGCGCCCGGCGGGCAGCGUCGCGCGGCCGGCGGGCGCUGCACACGCUCUCCUCCGUGCCUUCGUCCUGGUCCUGCUCUGCCCAAGCCUCCUCGCAGCACUGGGCCAGCGAGGCGCGGGUGUGGCUGCAGUGGCGCUGCCGCGUGCCCACGCCCAUGCUCGCCCUCGGCAGGAAGGGCGCAGCCUCGACGGCGGCCGCUCGCUCGCUGCGUCGGCCAGCGUCGCAGCGGGCCCUGCUGGGUCUGGCGCAGCAGCGGCGCCACGGCGUCGAGCGGCAGCAGCUGAGUGCACGGAGCGCAGCGGUGCCCGAGGUGCUCGAGCUCGGCACGCCUGGUGGUGCGGCAAACGGCAGCGAUGCCGGCCCCGGCCCGCGAUGGGGCCACACGGCCGCCUUCCUGCCUCAGUCGCAGGUCGUGCUCUUCGUCGGCGGUCAGGUCCCGUCGUGGAACUAUGCCAGCGCCGGCAUGGUCACCAACGACGUCUUCGCCUUUGAUGUCUCGGCGCUCAACGCCAGCGCUGCUGGCAACACCACCGCGGCAUGGUCGCGCCUCUCGUCCGUCGGCCUGCCUCCGCACGCUUUUGCUGCGCGUGCCGUCACGCACGACGCCGCACACCUCGACGAGCGCCUCUGGAUCGUCGGCGGCGCCACGAGCGACUGCAGCCAGGAUGCGCCCGUCUACUCAUGGUCGGCGCCAGCCGGCGAGUGGCGCAACGGCACAUGGUCCACCCCCGCCAUCUCCUCGAAUGCCAGUGUGCCCGUGCGGCGGCGCGGAGCACGCGCAUUCCAGGUGCCCUCGGAGCUCGGCACCAAGGGCGCUGAGCGUGCGGCGGCACGCCAGCGUGGCGGCACCAGCUUCAUGGUCAUCGGCGGCACCGCCGACGGCAGCACCUGUGCACCCGCAGCCAGCGAGACGCAAGAGGCAGACUACUUCGGCGUCGACAUCUGGACCGGCGCCGCCGCCUCGCCGGCGGCACGCUCUGCGGCGGCAGGAGCACAGCCCGCCGGCGAUGACGGCAUGUCGGUCCGCUCGCUGGCGCUGGAGCCGUCGAUGAAGGGCCUGGCGCUCGUCGACUACGCCACGGUGCUGCUUCCGGCCAACGCCUCGACCAACUCGAGCGACCGCGUCCUCUUCCUCGGCGGCCGCGAUGCCAACCACACGCUGGCGUCGCUGGCGUCGUUCUGGGCGCUCGACCUCGCGUCGGGCAAGUGGGAGGAGUGGAACGCCACGAGUGCCGGCGAGACGCAGGACCUGCCCAGCGGCCGCGUCGGCCACACGGCCAGCCGCAUGCCCGACGGCCGCAUCCUCAUGCACGGCGGCUACACGACGCUCGAGCACGACGGCGUGCGCCGCAACGCCACCAACGAGGCCUUCGUCCUCGACCCGAGCGUGACGCCGGCGCGCUGGAGCCGCAUCACGGGCUUCGGCAGUGCGCCCGCGCGCGCCUACCACACGGCCGUAUGGGCCGGCGACGUGCUCGUCCUCGGCUUCGGCCAGGCCGUCGAUGGCUUCGCACCGGCGAACCACACGGUUGCCCUGCCCGCGAACAGCACCAAGACGCUGGCGCCCGACGCCAAUGGCGACGUCGCCGUUGUUGCGAGCAGUGCCGUGCACUUCCUCGACACGGCUGCACCCGGCGGCUGGCGCUGGAGCGACAGCCUCGACGACGUGGUCAACGCUCGCAAGCGCCCCGCCACCGUCACCUCGGAGACGCCCAGCACCGAGGCGCUGCCCACUGUCACGCCGGUUGCGCCGGUGCCCGAGCCCAACGUGGCCGCGGCGCCGAAGAAGCAGCCCGCGCCCGAGGCCACCGAGUCAUCACCAGCGGCUGACAGUGCACCAGCCGACAACCCGGCGCCCGACGUCACGCCUGUGGCUCCGACGCAGCAGACGGGCGAUGCUGCCAAGGUGGCAGUCGUGCCGGCAUCGCCCGUCGCCAGCACUGCUGCGGAUGCACCGCCCUCGAGCGACUCCUCGUCGUCCUCGAGCGCCACCAAGUCCGGCGCCAUUGCCGGCGGCAUCCUCGGCGCCGCGGCUCUGGCUGCCACGCUCGGCGGCCUGUACGCCGCACACAAGCGCCGCGAGGCCGCUCGUGACGACGACGGCCUCAACGACUUCUUCGGCAAGGACGGCGAGAUGCUGCAGCGGCCCGAGGAGCGCGGCCCGCCCGUGUCGAGCCUGUGGCUUAGCCAGCCGAUGGCCUGGGCCGCCACGGCAGGCAAAGGCCUCAAGCGGCAGGCGACGAACGCCUCGGAGGCCUUCCGUGCUCGUCGGCGCCGCAACUCGGCCACGCCGUCGGACGCAAGUGACCCCUUCGCCGACGAGUACACGUCUCCGAGCGGCGCGCGCGGCUUCGAGGUGCUGCGUAACGUGCCCGCUCGUGGCCGCCUGAGCAUGCGCCGUCAGCAGCAGAUGGACGCUGCCUGCGAGCCGUCGCUCGAGCAGGCCACGCCUCGCGCGCUGCCCACUGCCUUCAUCACAUCGCUAGUGGCCGACGACGAGGACCAGCGUGCGCUUUACGAGGUCGGACGCACCGUCGGCGGCGGCCGCGGUGCCUCGGACUUCGAGGCGCAGCACCCCUCGCGCUCGCUCCUGACGCCGCCGAUGGAGCACUACGACCGCUCGAUGAACCGCUCGAGCGAGUCGCUCGCCAGCGUCGGCAGCAUCAGCCACUUCUCCUACCCGUACCUCGCCGCCAUGCACCGCCCGAGCCUGGCCGGCGCCAGCAGCAGUGCCGGCGCCAGCCCGCGCAGCAACGUCUCCGGCUCCUACUACGACCCGGCCGCCGUGUCGCCGCGCGACGCCAUCCGCCGUGCCUCGCUCGCAGCUGGGGGCAUGUCGCCUAACGAGUCGUACUGGCCGACGAUGCCCGGUGCGGUCGCGCUCUCGCCGACAUGGCAGCGCGAUGACGCCGAUGCACGCGAUGCCAUCUUCGUCUCGCAGCUUGCUGCAGCCGACGGCGAGGAGCUCGAGGAGACGUGCGCCUCCGACGUUGCCGACGGCGCACCCAGCGCACUCGCUGGCGCGAGCGAUCCCGCGGCCUGGGCAGCCGGCAAUGCCUCGCCCAUGUUCCCCUGGGAGCGGCCCACGCCGUCUGCAGUGCCCAAGCUGAGCGUGCCCGCCAGCGCGCCGCUCACCUCGGCGCCCUUCCGUGCCCCGCUGCGUGGCGCCGAGGCCCUGCGCCUGCGCGACGACGAGCAGCAGCAGCGUGCCAGCAGCUCACGCCGCGCACGCCGCUCGCAGCUGCGCGUCAUGAACGACUCGGCGGCCUGAGCAUGCCCUAGCACCGACGAGCGCAGACUGAUGGAAGACUCGGCAGCGUGAAGUUCACCUUCUGCCGCCAUGGCUCUCAGUCUACUGCUCCGACUUGCUGGCGCCUAGGCCAGGCGCUGCAGCUCCUUUCCGUCCACCAUGUGCCGCUGUCUUCCCGUUACCUCAUCCUCGCGUCACCGCGACCCGUCAUCAUCUUCCUAAUC